AUGUGGCCGGGAGGGCCCGAGCUCCGCCCGCUGCUGCUGCUCCUCCUGGGCGCGGCCCUCGGCCGCCUCCACCGGCCGCCGGCUCCGCCAGGGGCCCGGCCCGCCCUCCCCGCGGCGCCCGGCCCGGCGCGCCGCCUCCAGCCCGGGGUCCGCGGCCCGGCGCCGGAAGCGGAGGGCGCGCUGCGACGCCCCCGAGGGGGCUCUUGGGGGGUCCCCCCGCUCCCCGGCCCCGCGCCCCCGCGCCCCGGCCUUUGCGCGCACGUGCCGCUCUGCGCCCCGGCGCCCGGACCCCCCGACCCGCGCCUGCGGGCCCGCCGCGGCCUCCGCCGGCCCCGGCGCCCGCGAUGGACCCGCCACGACAGCGCCGCCCGCCGGGCGCCCGGCCCGCCCCCCGACGCGGGCGCCGCCCCAGCCAGGUGCCCCCCGGAAGGGUCCCCGACCCUGGUCCUCGACGCGGACGGCCGCGCCCUGGAGAACCCCGCGGCUUGCCAGGGCAUCUGUGCCAUCUACCAGGUGAGGAUCCACGGCAGCGGCUCGCCCGUGCGCAUGAGCAGGAGGACGGACGAGCUCCUCGAGGUCACCCGGGACUUCGUGUGCUCCCGGCCCCACAGCCUCCGGCAGCAGUGGCAGGUGUUCCGCGUGCCCGCGGUGGGGGCCACCCCCGACUGGAAGCGGCCCAUGCCGCUCUCGGGGUUCAUCAUCGAUCGGUCCACCCUGGCCAUACGCAUCCCCAGAAAUACGCUAGACUGGGGGGUGUACCUGUUUAACUUCUCCCUCACCAUCGUGGAAACAGGCGGUUCCCGCGACUCGGCGGGCACCAGCAUCCCGCGGCACAUGUCCGACGCCGUCUACUCCAUCGUGGGCAGAAGCCCCCUCCAGGCAGUUCUUCAAGGGAAUUCCAACACGACGAUCAGCUUUGUGGACAGGCUGGUGCUGGACGGCUCCCUGUCUUCCGACCCGGAUGCGCACCGCCCUAACGAGGGCCUCCACUUUUUCUGGUACUGCACCACCAACCUCGGGAACUACCAGGGGGACAAGAUCGCGGUGAAGAGCAAGGAGGUCUGCCUGGCCAAGCAGGCCGGCUCCCUGCAGUGGCGGACGCCGCCCACCUCGGUGCUGACCUUGCAGCCGAAGACGCUGAAAGGGAACCUGGUGUACUUCUUCAGGGUGGUGGUGGAGAAGGGCGACCGGACGGCGUUCGCGGACAAGCAGGUCAACGUGCUGCGCGGGGUGCCGCCCCAGGCCUGCAUCUCCUGCAUCGAGAACUGCAACACGGUGCUGGUCACGUCGGAGAGGUUCUCCCUGUUCGUGAACUGCACGAGCUGCACGCCCGAAGACACGUACUACUGGUCCAUCCGGACGCAGACCGGGCAGGAGGUGCAGUUCAACUGGGGGGGGCAGACCACCACGGGACGGGAGACCGAGUACAUGUACUUCAAGGCCCUGGCCUUCAAGGACUUCACGGAAGCCACCUUUUGGGUCGCCGCCCACGUCAGAGCCUGGAGCGGGUGGGACCUGGUCUUCAGACACUCCUUCAUCGUCAACCACAUCCCCCGCGUCGGGGACUGCAGCGUGAAGCCGCCCAAGGGGAUCUCGCUGGUGACCAAAUUCGUGGUCCGGUGUGAUAACUUCCGCGACCUCAACACCCCCCUCACCUACAAGAUCGUCAUCGCCGACCUGUACGGCUUCGCCGAGAUCAGCUCCUUGAAGGAGAACAACUUGGGCAUCAUCCUGCACUUGGGGAUGAAGCCGUACUCCCCGCCCUCCUUCUUCCCCGUGGGGCCCAAGCCCACCCACUUCGCCAUGAGGCUGUACGCCCAGGUCUUCGACGUGCUGGGGGCCUUUGCUCGAGUGACCUUCUCUGUCGUGGUGCUGCCGCCCACUGACAGCUUCUCCUCGGAGACCCUGAUGCAGCAGCUGGUCAACUACACCGUGGGCCGCGACUCCACGCUGUCCCUCUACUUUCAGAGGAGGGCCCACCUGCCCGCGGGCUACUUCGCUUAUGUCAUUGCUUCUGUUUUGAACAGCAUGAAAGACGAGCCCGCGCUGCUGGCCGACAGAGUCCAGCUCCGGGAGCACCUGGUCAACCAGACGUACCUCAUGCCCCUGGGCACUAUGGUGGAGAUCAGCCAGGUCGUCAUGGUCCUCGCGAAGCUGACCCAGAAGGGGUCUGAGUUCAGCACCCUGGCCCGGAAGCUUGCCACGCUGAGGACCUGGCAGACCAAUGAGGCCCUGCGCCAGUUCCAGCACAACACCACGAGUGUCCACUCGGAGCAGAUAGAGACCGUGUGCACCGGGGUGCUGACCAGCCUGUCCAACAUCCUUCAGCUGAGGUCCAGAAGGGACCUCAUCGAGCGGCCGCUGCACCUGGUCCAGUCUCUCGCAGAGGUCGUCCUGGCCGGCAAGGUGCCGGGGAACGAGACUACCGAGCUGCGCAGCGCCAGCCUGAAGAUGUACGUCAAGAAGUCAGAGCCGUGGCAGGUGAGCGAGCUCUGCACCCGCGGCGGGGACCUGGGCAGCUGCUUCCGCCCCACGAUCAACGUGAGCGGCGUCCCCCUCCUGCCGACAAACUCCCCGAUCUCCACCAUGUUCUGCGAGUUUGCGAAGGACCCCUUCCCCUGGCUGAAUGACUGGCUGAAUGGCACGGCGCAGGUGGUAGGGAUGCGGGUGACCGGCCUCAAUGCCAGCGGGGGCUUGAUCGACAUCAUGCCCGACGUCACAGAGGUGUUCUUGGUCCUGAAGACCCUGAACAGGACGACGUUCAACCUCACCAUGAGCCCCGACAAGGAGACCAAGCUGUCCGACAAGUCCCCGGGGAAGACGACGGGCGCCUUCAAGGUCGAGGUGGACUGCAGGGUCCCCAAGGAGCUGCUGGUCCAGAUCGUGACGGAGGUCACGGUACCGUUCACUGUGUCGGUGUUUGCCGGCGACCAGGUGGACGCCAAUGCCCUGGUGGCCACCUUCCUCGUGCCCCACGACAUCCCCCCGGUGGCCAACUGGAGCGAGCUGUUUGACCCGAGCUGUGUGGUGAAGAAGGUGCACGUGCUGUGCUUCCCGCCGUCCCUGCUGGACGUGAUCGCGCAGAGAAGCCUCUCGGCGCAGUGCACCAUGCUGGUGAUGCUGGAGGCCCCGCGCUUCAUCCUGACACCCAGCGACAAGCUGGUGCGGAUCUCCGUCUUCAGGGUCUACUGCGUCGACAUGCUGGGCCUCCAGAACGAGUGGAGAGACUACGCCUGCGUGCUGGGCGAGAAGACGACUCUGGACCGGGUGCACUGCGUGUGCAGGGGCAGAGGCCCUACCCGGCGGCAGCGCAGCCUGAGCCAGCUCAUCCUGCACACCCGCUACUUGACGGCCAAGAUGCUCGUGGCCCCCAACCCCGUGGACCUGCGGCUCGUGGCCAUCAAGAAAGUCCCCCAAAACCCCGUGGCCCUCUUCACCGUCCUCACCCUGCUGGUCAUGUACAUAAUCCUAGCUUUCUGGGCCUUGCACAGAGAUGAGACGGACCAGUUUCUUCGGGAAUACGUGAUCGUCCUGCCCGACAACGACCCCUACGACCACGUGUGCUACCUGGUGACCAUUUUCACGGGCAGCCGCUGCGGGGCGGGGACCAGGUCCAACGUGUUCAUUCAGCUCCAGGGGACGGAGGCCAACAGCAGUGUGCACUGCCUGACCCACCCGCACUUCAUCACUCUCUACCGUGGCAGCAUCAACACCUUCCUCCUGGCCACCAAGAGCGACCUGGGGGAAGUGCACUCGGUCCGCGUGUGGCACAACAACGAGGGCGACGAGCCCAGCUGGUACCUGAGCAGGAUGAAGGUGGAGAAUCUGUUCAGCCGGCACAUCUGGCUGUUCAUGUGCCGGGAGUGGCUGUCUGUGGAGUCCAAAGUGGACAGGACCUUCCAUGCCAUCCCCCCAGACCAGCCGCUGCGGAAGGAGGACUACUUCCUGAUCGACGCGUCCUACAGCCUGGGCAAGAACCACCUGUGGUUCUCCAUCUUCCUGGGCGUCAUCUCCAAGCCCUUCAACCGGCUGCAGCGGCUGUCCUGCUGCCUGGCCAUGCUCAUGGCCUCGCUGCUGUGCAACAUCAUGUUCUUCAACCUCAGCAAUGAGGAGGAGAGUGAGUACGAGGGCGGGCAGUAUGUGCGCGCCAUGAUGAUUGGGCUGGAGAGCGCCAUCAUCACGCUGCCCGUGCAGGUGGCCAUCACUUUUCUGUUCACCUACUCCCAGAAGAGGCCGCAGGUGACCCUGGAGGCCGUGAGUCCCCAGCCAUACCCUUGGCUGCUAGACGAAGGCGGGCACUGGGAGGAGCACCUGGAAAAGUGGCACAACAGGCAGGUGACCGAGGAGCAACCCAAGGAGGCCAAGGGGCCCAAGGAGGCCAAGGGGACCAAGGAGGCCAAGGGGCCCAAGGGGCCCAAGGAGGCCAAGGGGCCCAAGGAGGCCAAGGAGGCCAGGGGGCCCAAGGGGCCCAAGGGAGCCAAGGGGCCCAAGGGGGCCAAAGAGGCCAAGGAGGCCAAGAUGACCCCGAAGUCUUCGCAGAAGAAAAUGUCCCGGUCGAGCACGGCUUCCAUCAAGCGGGAGCCCAAGGAGGCCGGAGUCCCGGCCCGCCCCUCGCAGACCGCAAACAUCAACGCCAGCAACAGGAACCUCAACAACAACCAGAAGGCCCCGCCCCCGGGCCCCAAGCAGCCGCUGGACCUCUCCAAGGCCCUCCAGAAGAAGCCCCGGCUCACGCUGCCUCACUGCUGGGUCUACGUGGCCUGGUUCCUGGUCUUCGCCAGCACCAGCAUCUCCUCCUUCUUCAUCGUCUUCUACGGGCUGACCUACGGCUACGAGAAGUCGCUGGACUGGCUCUUUGCGUCCUUCUGCUCCUUCUGCCAGUCGGUCCUCCUGAUCCAGGUCUUGAAAGUCAUCCUCAUGACGGGCUUCCGGGCGAAUCAGCCCAAGUACAGCAAGAACAUCUCGUGGGUCGGGAACCACCGCUACAGCGAGAUCAAGCUGGAGGGCAAGGCGCUGACCCCCACGGAGAUGGAGCGGCUCCACCAGCAGGUCAUCUGGAUCCGGGGCACCCGGAUGUACCAGCCCCUCACCGCGGACGAGAUCAGGAUAUUCAGGCACAAGAAGAGGAUGAGGCGGCGGGCGUACCUGUUCCUCAGUUACAUCGUCACCCACUUCAUCUUCCUGGGCCUGCUGCUGAGCCUGCUCCCCGUGCUGCGCCACACGGACAGCUUCUACUACAGCCAGCUCCUCCGCGAGCACGUCUCCGCCGAGCUGGUCCAGGUGAGCAAGCUGCCGGACGUGUACGGGUGGCUGACCCGCGUGGCGCUGCCCCUGUUCCACAACGACCUGAACCCCACCUUCCUCCCCGACACCACCUCGAAAAUCCUGGGCCUGCCGCUGAUGAGGCAGCUGAGGGCCACGCCGGCGGAGAAGGCGUGCCCGCCUUCCAAAAACUUCGUGCAAAACAGAAUCGGACGCGAAAUCCACUGCCACUCCCAGUACGGCACCGACCCGGAAGACACCCAGAACUACAUGGACAGCUGGAAGGUGGUGGACAAGGGGAGCGCGGCCAGGGUCUUCAAUGGCUUCACGUACAAGCCCCCGGAGAAGAGGUGGCUGUACCAGGCGUCCGGGGACUUGCACACCUACGGGUCCGGCGGGUACGCCUUCUCCUUCUUCACAGAACAGCAGCAGUUCAACUCCAGCCUGAGACUCAAGAAACUCCAGAAGAACAACUGGCUCGAUGAAAAGACGUGGGCUGUGAUCGUGGACCUGACCACGUUCAACGCGGACGUCAGCCUGUUCUGCAGCAUCUCGGUCAUCUUCGAGGUCUCCGAGCUGGGCACGGUCAACAGCAGCGUGGACCUGCACGCCUUCUCACUGGCCGACUUCAACAGGAAGACCUCGGCCGAGAUCUACCUGUACGUGGCCAUCCUCAUCUUUUUUGUGGCCUACACCUUGGACGAGGGCUACGUCAUCUUGCAGGAGCGGACCUCCUACCUGCGCAGCGUGUACAACCAGCUCAACCUCACGCUCAAGUGCCUCUUCGCCGUGCUGAUCGUGCUCUUCCUGGCCAAGCACUUCCUGGCCUCGGAACUGGUCGCUUUCUACCUGGCCCACCCCAGGGAGUUCGUGCCCUUUCACACCGUGGCUCAACUGGACCGCCUCCUGAGGGUCACCCUGGGCUUCCUGCUGUUUCUGACCACGCUGAAGACGCUCCGCUACGCCAGGUUCUUCUACGAUGUGCGCCUGGCGCAGAGGGCCAUCCAGACCGCCCUGCCCUGCAUCUGCCACAUGGCGCUCGUGGUGGCCGUCUACUUCUUCGUCUACAUGGCCUUCGGCUACCUGGUGUUCGGGCAGCACGAGUGGAACUACUGCAACCUGGUCCACGCCAUGCAGACCAUCUUCUCCUACUGCGUCUCGGCGUUCCAGGACACCGCCUUCUCCCACAGCAGGGUCCUCGGCGUCCUGUUCCUCUUCUCCUUCCUGCUGGUGAUGAUCUGCAUACUGAUCAACCUGUUCCAGGCGGUGAUCCUGUCCGCCUACGAGGAGAUGAAGCAGCCGGUGUACGAGGAGCCAUCCGAGGAGGCGGACGCUGUGACCUUCCUGUGCCGCCGGCUGCGCACGGCCCUUGGCUUUCAGCCGCCUACCCGCCCUCACGACGAGCCGGAGUUCAUCGAGGACAUGCUAUACGGGCAGCCCAGGAUGAACAGCCGCCGGUACCUGGGGCUGAAGACCCGGAACAUCAACGGCAAGAAGAUGGUCUACCUGGUCGUCUGAGUGGGGCAGUGGCCAGAGCUGCAGACGCCCCAAGUGCCCGCCUGUGGGACGACAGCAUGCUCAUGGCCCGGGGGUGCCUCGACCCGGCCCGUACCCCUCGCAGUACACAGCCCCUACGUUUGGAAGGACCCCCACACUCGGCAGCCACGCCCGGGAGGGUGAAGGAGGGCAUCCCUCUGCAGCAGUGCGCCCAGGAGAGGAAGCCUGCCAGCCAGGACUGCUCCCCUACAGCGGGAGUGUCUUUGGAGCCAGCAGCAAUUUAGAGGGUUGGAGAUGCAGGAUUGGGGGAGGGAGCCCCCCCACCCCACGCACACACCUGGCCAGGACAGAGUGUUCUCUCGCUGCUUCUGUGCCCACCGUACCCACCCCUUCCCAGGGCUGGCAGCCUAGUGCCUUCCCAGCGCAGUCUGGGACCCUCAGUCCUGCUGGGAUCCCCUGGCAGCCAGGUGAUGCCGCCUCCCACACCCUCCUCAACUCCCCGACCCCCCCCUUACCAGAUUCCAGCCGAGCCAGGACUGGAGGGCCCUUGAGGGGAGUUCCAGGAUUUGCUCUCGUGCUUGGGAAUACAGGGAGGGGCCAGACCCCCGAAGCCCCCCACCUGUUCCCCGAAGCUGCUGCAGUGAGUGAAGAUGAAAAGCUGGCACUCUGGCCGUGAUGCGUGAAUUUCGUUGAGCAACAGGAAAGGCGUGAGCGCGUGGGUUCCUGCAGAGAGGUAGUGCGUCUUGUCUCCUGACCACAGCGCUCCGUACCCCCGGGUUUCAGACUCUGGGCUAUUCGUGGUGUGGCGGGUCAUCUAGGGUUAGUAAAGUGAAUGUGUUUAGUUGUUAGGGGGGCCAGCUGCUACGGUUUCACCCAGAAGCAUGCUCGUUGUGCACAGGCCACCUGAAGUUUUAUCUGAAUUAAACGUGAGAGUUCUUCUGUGGGGGAUGCAAUGAUUCUG